AUGCUCGCGGAGAACAACUACGGAGUAUGGGCUGUCAAGAUGAAGAUCUUCUUGCGCACACAAGGUGUGUGGGCGGCUGUGGAGAGCAAAAGUCCGGUUGAUGAGAAGAUGGACCAAAUAACUCUCGCCGCCAUUGUCCAAGCUGUGCCGGAGGCCGUGGUAAUAGCCAUUUCUGAGGAGGAGAAGGUGAAGAAGGUGUGGAAAGCUCUCGAGGAUAUGCACGUCGGUGAAGAGCGCGUCAAGAAGGCCCGAGUACAAACCCUCAAGAGGGAGCUUGCUGGUAUGUACAUGGGCGAUUCCGAAAAAAAUAAUGAUUUUGCUUUGAAGGUCACCACAAUCGUGAACGAGAUUUGCUCUCUCGGCACGAAAGUGGAGGAGAUCACAGUCAUCGAGAAGCUCCUGCAUUUUGUUCCCGAUAAGUUCGGACCCCUCAUCAGCACCAUUGAGCAAUGGGGGAAUGUGGAGGAGAUGUCGGUGAUGGAGACGAUUGGGCGCUUGAGGGCGUUCGAGGAGUCUUCAAAGGGGCGGCGUCGUGACAAGGAGGUGGAGCAGCAGCUGUUGGCCACAUGUGCUGAGCCACGGCUCACGCGUGCCGAGUGGGAGGCCAUGGUUGCUCAAGAGAAAAUGAGCAGCAAUGGCUCCAAUAGCAACAGCAACAAGACCGGUGAGAAGAAGUACCGCGGCAAGUUCGACAAGUCCAAGAUCGACUGCCGCAACUGUGGUGAGUUCGGACACUUCGCUGAUGAGUGUCCUGUGGAGAAGAAAGUGCAGAACGGUGUGGCGCAACUCGUCGUGGCGGACGUCGAUAAUGAGCCCAAGCUGUUGUGA